UUUGUUGGCAGAGCUUUGAUCAUCCCGGCAACGUUUUCUUCCCCGGGAUGAAGCUUGGGCUGUCAGGCACUGAUACACAAACGCCGUCUAAUCGCGCCCUCACGUCGUGGAUAAGCGACGGAAAUCCUUCUCCGGGGGGGUUUGAGUUGGGGAUGAAUCCAAACCAGACAAACGAGUUGAUUAUCAAGCGAAGAGGGGUUGUUUAUUGGAGAAGUGGGGAGUGGAAGCGCCAAAAUUUCACUUUUCUUGAUUUCCCGGCGGGUUCCGGUGCCAACAUGACCAAUUACUCCAGUGCCAAAAAGGCCUAUUUUAGCCUUUCCGGUGGCUCUCAGGUGGGAAAUGGAUACAGUUUCAUUCGACUAAACUCCCGUGGAGGAAUCGACGCGUUCAUCUGGAACGCGACGACUAAAACUGUUGAGCCACUGGUGGUGGUCGUGUGUGACCCUGAUGAAGCGCUCCGCCGUAGAGUUGCCCUGUCCGGCGGCUGCUCUGCGCUGCAAACGUAUGGCUGCGGCGGCGGAGAACGGUUCAAUCAGACUACAGGAUCCAUCCCAGAAGCUCUGUGGCACUAUUUGUACGACCCCAGCAAAGGCCUCAGUGAUUGCCAGCAGAUUUGCCGGGAAAAUUGCUCCUGCUAUGCCUACACUACGGCCUUACCUAAUGGAACUGCCUGCAAAUUUUCUUCUUCUCGCGUGUACCGCCGCACAAGUAAAGGAGAAAUAUUUUACUUUCGAAUUGCUAGUAGUAAGAAGGCACCCCCUCCUGCUUCUGCCCCUGCUCCGGCUAUAGCUCCGGCAACUCCUGCCGAGCGGACUUGGAAUUGGAGGAAGCACUUGGCGAGGUGGAAGCUUGCAGCAAUAGUGAGCUUGGUGGUUGCAAUUGUGAUUGCCCUCUCAGCCGUCUCCAUAUUCAACCGUUUCAAAAAGAGAAGGGGCUAUCGAAGAGCUCAGAGUAAAUUAACAGCAAAACAAGAUUCAAAAAUCACUGAGAAAGGAGAUAACGAGUUACGGUUGUAUAAUUUAGCGACUAUCAAAAUUGCAACAGACUAUUUUUCGAGAGGAAAUAUGCUUGGUCGAGGAGGUUUUGGAGUUGUAUAUUUGGGUAAAUUGGCAAAUGGAGAAGAAAUUGCAGUAAAAAGGCUAUCAAAAUUGUCUGGGCUUGGAGUUGAGCAAUUCCAUAAUGAAGUUGUCUUGAUAUCAAAAUUACAACAUCGGAACCUAGUUAAGAUAUUGGGUUGUUGUAUGGAAGAAAAUGAGUGCAUAUUAAUAUAUGAGUACUUGCCAAAUAAGAGCUUGGAUUCAAUACUUUUUGAUCCAACAAUACGAGCAUUGCUUUGCUGGAAAACACGUAUUAACAUCAUCCAAGGAGUUGCGCAAGGACUUUUAUAUCUCCAUACCUAUUCUAGGUUAAGAGUCAUACAUUGAGAUUUAAAAGUAAGCAACAUUUUAUUAGAUAAAGACAUGAACCCAAAGAUUUCUGACUUUGGCAUUGCCAAAAUCUUUGGAGAUGACGAAACUCGGGCAAUAACCCAAAGAAUUAUUGGGAUAUACGGUUACAUGUCUCCUGAGUAUGCGAUGGACGGACUUUUCUCUGUAAAAUCUGAUGUUUUUAGUUUUGGAAUCAUGACCCUUGAAAUUAUAAGUGGAAAAAAAAAUGUUGGGUUCUAUAAUCCAAAUCGCGUUUCAAACUUAAUUGGACAGGCAUGGCAACUGUGGUGCGAGGGGAAAGCUAUUGAAUUGGUAGAUUUCACAAUACGCGAAACAGUUUUAGAAGAUGAAGCCACGAGGUAUACGCAACUAGGUUUGUUACGUGUUCAAGAAAUUCCGAAAGAUAGACCAGACAUGUCAGAUGUGAUAUCUAUGAUUAUGCAAGAAUCAACAGAUCUUCCUACUCCCCGACAACCAGCUUUCUCUGCUGUCAUGGGUCUUAAUAAAUCGAACAGUGAUUGUUCAACAAGUACAAAACCUAGUUGUAGUAGCAAUGAGGUGACUAUUUCUAGAGUAGAAGGUCGAUGAACAUACGAAAUUUGUGACCUUCAAACUUAAACUCCUCAUACUUGAACUAACGUCUUUUAGACUUUUGGUGAUAGAAAGUAAUAUUUGAAAAUCCAUGUACCUAUGGUGUAUUUUCCAAAAUAAUACAGUAAUUUGCUUCUCUACAAGAAAAAA